AUGGAAUUUAAUGAUCUAACUAAUGCAGUGUUUAUAAAAACUGAAAAUUUUACAACAGAACCAGAAGAAAAUGAUAACACAACAGGACUGAUAAAUGAAUAUACUGAUGAAAAAUCAAUUCUAAUCAAAGACGAAACUAAUAAAAUCGAAGAAUUAAUUCAUGAAGAAUUUGAUGAAGAAGCUUUACAAAAUAAAAGUGUACUUACGGACAAUAAGCCUUUUUCAUGCGAUAUUUGUGAUAAGAAAUUUCCAUCACGAAGUAAAGUAGCUGAACAUAAACGAUGUCACAGUGACGAACAACCAUUUUCAUGUGAUAUUUGUAACAAAAAAUUUACUCACUCGAGUAGUUUACGAAGGCAUAUAAAAGCUCAUACCGGACUAAAAACAUUUUCUUGUGAUAUGUGUGAUAAAAAGUUUUCAAUACGAUACAAGUUAGUGGAACAUCAACGAUGUCACAGUGAUGAAAAACCAUUUUCUUGUGAUAUUUGUGAACGACGAUUUACGAAUCAAUGGAGUUUUAAAAGACAUGUUAAAGCUCAUACCGAAAUUAAAACUUUAACCGACAGUGAUAACAACACUCAAACUGUGCGAGAAAAACAGUGGAAAUGUGAAAUUUGUGAUAAAAGUUUUACUCUUAAAGGUUCUUUAGAUUCACAUAAACGUAUUCAUAGAGGGGAAAAUCUAUUUUCUUGUGAUAAGUGUGAUAAGAAAUAUCCAAUACGAAGUAAGUUAGUGGAACAUCAGCGAUCGCACAGUGAUGAAAAACCAUUUUCUUGUGAUAUCUGUGAACAAAAGUUUAGUCAUCCAGCGAGUUUAAACAGACAUAGAAAAACUCAUUCCGAAAUGAAAACUUAUACGGACAGUGAUAAUAACAUCCAUACGGUACGAGAAAAACGGUGGAAAUGUGAUGUUUGUGAACAGAAAUUUGCCAGCAAGUUUAAUUUAAAAGAACAUAAAUUCAUUCAUACCGGCGAAGCGCGAUUUUCUUGUAAUGUUUGUGGUAAGAAAUUUAUUCAUCGAAGAGGUUUGUUCACACAUAGUGUUUCUCAUACUGGUGAAAAGAAAUUUUCCUGUGAAAUUUGUGAUAAAAAGUUCACACUCAAAGAAAAUCUACGUAGACAUUUACGUAUGCAUGCCGGAGAAAAACCGUUUCAAUGUGAUUUUUGUGAGAAAACAUUUGGACAGCGUGCGACUUUAAUGCAACAUAAACUUACUCAUACGGGCGAAAAAUCAUUUUUAUGUGAUGUUUGUAAUAAAAUCUUUGCGUCGAUGAAAUAUCUACGUCGACAUCAAAGAACACAUACCGGGGAAAAACCGUUUUCUUGUGAUGUUUGUAAUAAAAAAUUUGUCGCUAGACAGGGUUUAAUUGAACAUAAACGUGUUCACACGGGGGAAAAACCAUUUACGUGUGAUUUUUGUGAAAGUUUAAUUUCACAUAAACACGUUCAUGCGGGAGAAAAAGCUUUUCCUUGUGAAUUUUGUAAUGAAAACUUUAUCAAUUUACCCGACUUAACAAAUCAUAAACGUAUUCAUACAGAGGAAAAAUUAUUUUCUUGUGAUGAAACUUUUAAACUGGAAGAAAGUUUAAUUUCACAUAAACACGUUCAUACAAGAGAAAAAGCUUUUCCUUGUGAAUUUUGUGAUGAAAAAUUUAUCAAUUUACCCGACUUAACAAAUCAUAAACUUAUUCAUACGGAGGAAAAAUUGUUUUCAUGUGAUGUUUGUAAUGAAACUUUUAAACUGGAAGAAAGUUUAAUUUCACAUAAAUACAUUCAUACAGGAGAAAAGCAGUUUUCCUGUGAAUUUUGUGAUGAAAAAUUUAUCUAUUUAUCCGACUUAACAAAUCAUAAACGUAUUCAUACGGGGGAAACAUCGUUUUCAGGGGAUAUUUGUGAGAAAACUUUCACACAACUAAAUGAUUUAGUCGAAAAUACCGGGGAAAAUCCACUUUUGAUCAAAGAGGAAAAUAUUAAAACUGAAGAAUUACACAGCGAAUUCAUUAUUAAAAGUGAAAAUCUUGAAGAAAUCAACGAAGAACCCGAAAGCACAUUGAUCGAGGAAAAUCAAUGUGAUAUUACUCAUCCCGGGAGUUUAAUCAAAGCUUCUACCGAAAUGAAAACUGAAAACAGUGAUACACUCUCUUAUACUGAACAAGAAAAACAAUGGAAAUGUGAUAUUUGUGAUAAAAGAUUUUCCGCUAAGAAUAAUUUAGCUUCACAUAAAUCCACUCACAGUAGAACACGAUUUUCCUGUGGUUUUUGUGGUAAAAAAUUUAUUCAUCAAAAAAAUCUACGUAGACAUUUACGUAUACAUGUUGGAGAAAAACCAUUUCAAUGUGAUUUUUGUGAUAAAAAAUUUGGACAACGUCCUAAACUAUUGCAACAUAAACUUAGUCAUACAGGGGAAAAAUCAUUUUCAUGUGAUGUUUGUAUGAAAACAUUUGCAUGUCGGGAAUAUCUACGUCGACAUAAAAGAAUACAUUCGGGGGAAAAACCGUAUUCUUGUGAUUUUUGUAACAGAAAAUUUGUUGAUAAGCAAGGUUUAAGUAGACAUAAAUAUAUUCAUACCGGAUUUUUAUGUGAUUUCUGUGAUGAAAAAUUUAUCUGUUUAUCCGAUUUAACAAAACAUAAACUUAUUCACAGAGAGGAAAAGCUGUUUUCAUGUGAUGUUUGUGAGAAAACAUUCUUGGAACUACACAGUUUAGUCGAACAUAAAGUCGAAUCACACAGUGAAUUAAUUAAUAAAAGCGAACAUGUUACAGCAAUCAUCGAAGAACCCGAAAACAUAUCUGCACAGUCUAAGACAAAAAACAUUUUUCAAUGUGAUAUAUGUGAGAAAAAAUUUACUUCACAAAGUAUUAAAACUGUUGGAGGCAUUCUACAAAAAUGCAGAUGUUCACGAAUUGCUAGUAUUUAG